AUGGCGACCAACAAAUUGAAAGCAUCUCUUAGUGGUUCUCGAAAAAGUUUAGCAAUCCCAAUUUACGAAUCGAAAGAGGUGGCAAUGUGGAAGCCACAAAAGAAUGUAGAUCAAAGCAGUUUAUGGAGAGUUACAAGCACUGAAAGUUAA